ACUGCUACUUCCUCAAACCCAAGUCCCACUCCAAAAAUAACCCAAACUCUCUUUUAAAAAAAACCCCGAACACAUAGAAACAGAGAAAGUGUGAGUAUCGCCGCCGUAGCCCUACCCUCUCUUCAUAUUAUUCUAUUGCCUUUCUUUAACUCCCUCACUUUUUCAGUUUUGAAGCGCUUCCAGUGGCGUAUUUACGGUUAUACCCUUCUUGUUAUGAUAGCUUCCAAUCGGCGUCAGCCACAGAGCCGAAGCUCUUGGCUUCCACACAUAUUUUCGGUGCUGUCGAUUGAGAUACAAAGCCGCCAAGCCAGCCGAGCCAAUCUUCAAAUUCCAACUUUACCCCUACCGGUUAAUAUUCUCCUCUUUUAACGGCUAUUUCGAUCAUGCCAAAUUCGAAGAACAACCGUAACGGACAGGGCGAGCCUCACCGCCGGGGGAAGUUAACGAAAAAAUCAUCGUCCUUCUACGGUCACUCAUCACCGGCUGCCAUGUCCGGCGAUCCAAUCCUGCGACCGAAGACGGUGCCGGAUCUUUUGUCGGAGAGGCAUCGUGCGGCAGCGACGCCGCUGGUGGAAGUUGUGCCAAAACAGCCGCCGAAGUUGUUGUUGAAGGUUACUUCCAUGGGAAGCUUGGGACCGGUGCAGGUUGUGAUGACGCCGGAAUCGACGGUCGGAGAUUUAGUGGCGGCGGCGGUGCGGCAAUACGUGAAGGAAGGUCGCCGACCAAUUUUGCCGUCCAACGACCCUUCCCACUUCGACCUUCAUUAUUCUCAGUUCAGCUUAGAAAGUUUGGAUAGGGAGGAGAAGCUGAGGGAUAUUGGAUCUAGAAACUUCUUUAUGUGUCCGAGGAAGUGUGGCGGCGGCGGCGGCGACGGUAGAGGAACGACGCCGUUUGCUUCAUGUUCAAGAGAGGCCGACAAAACGACCAAGGGUGGCGCGUUUGGUUGGUUAAGGUUCAUGGAUUUCUCAUGAUGAAUAUUAUUAUUGGAGGCUAAUGUUUUCCCUUUGGCGCUGCCAGCCACAGUUAUUUGGAGAUAUUUUCAUUAUUAUUUUUAGAAUGAAUCAGUGAAAUGGUUUGUUGCUUGUAAAAAAAUAUGUGGGCCAUUGGUUGUAGAUUUGUAGGGAUGGCAUACCGAGCAACGCUUGGUUCAGUAUUCUUUGCUUUUUGGACGAAUCUUUCUUUUCUUUACCUUCAUGUGAAGCAAUUCCAUUUUGCAAGUUGAAAUGGGUGUACACUGUCUUGCGUAAUAGAAGUCAGUGAUGUUGAUAUAUAGAUGUCGAGGAAUAUCAUUUAUCAUUUAUUCCUGCCGUGGAGUGAAUGCAUUACUUCAUAGUUAAAAAUCACGUAUUUGAAUCUAUUCCAAAUGCUGUAAUGCUAAUCGCUUUCUUUGUUGGAAGCUUCUGCUUGUGGAUUCAAACUGAUUGUAAUGUUUUGAAAUUAUUUUU